UGGCAAAGCAAGUGGAGGGUCCCUGUGCCCUGGAGUUGCAGAUUGACCUGCAGGAUUUCUGUGUUGUGCUCAGAGACCUACCCACCAGCAAAGCAGCAAUGGUAAUACCAUAAAAGCUGCAGUUCAGCAGAAGCAAUGGAGAAGUUGGUAGGAUACCGUUUUGCUUCGACAAACUGAAAGUAGCAUGAUCUACAGAAGCUUGGCAUUGCAAUGGAGCUGUCAUGCUUAUUAAGCAGCCUUGCCACAGGAAGUCCCAGCCCCGAAAGGGAAGCUGCCUUCACCGCUGCUCAAGGGGGAAGUGAUGGUGUGAAGCCUGUGUGCAGCUGGAGACUUGGUGACAAAAGAGUGACACAGAAGAGGCGCCGCUCCUUGUGCUUCUGGGUGUGGCUCAUGUGUGGUGCCCCAAGCCUUUUGCCUUUUUGGGGACUCGGGUUGUGACCCUUGGGGCUUCCAGGCUCUUCCUUCAAGGGAUCAGCAAAGGUGCACACUGACAAGCAUUUAGGGCGAUGUCUUUGACCUCGGUGUACCAGCACAAGUUUGCGGAGAAGCUGACGAUCCUUAAUGAAAGAGGAAAGGGGGUUCUCGUCCGCAUGUACAAUAUUAAGAAGACAUGCAUGGAUUCCCGGACCAAGCCAGCCUUCCUCAGUGAGAAAACCAUGGAAUCCUCCAUCAAAUAUAUCAACAAGAAAUUCCCCAACUUGGAUACACGGAGUAGUACGCAACAUUUGGGUCCUGUGCACAAAGAGAAAGCAGAUAUUUUCCGGGCGCUUGGUGCUUAUUAUCACACCUUUGUGGAUGUAAUGGAAUUCCGGGACCAUGUUUACGAACUGUUGAACACCAUUGAUGCCAGCCAGUGCUACUUUGACAUUCAUAUCAAUUAUGAUUUCACCAAGAAUUACCUGGACCUGAUUGUCACUUAUGCAUCCGUCAUCUUACUCCUUUCCCGUAUUGAUGACCGCAAAGCCCUGAUUGGCCUAUAUCACUGUACCCAUGAGAUGAUCCAUGGAACCAGCGAUGCCAGCUACCCCCGGUUGGGUCAGAUGAUCCUAGAGUACGACAAUGCCUUGCGCAAGCUGAUGGAGGAGUUCGGACCCCAUACCAAGGCAGUGAGCAGUGCCCUUCUUUCACUGCACUUCCUCUUUGCCCGUCGAAACCACUCAGCUGACCAGUGGCGGAGUGACCAACUCUUCAGUCUGAUUAGCAACCCUGCAGGCAUGAUUGCUCCUGCCAAUUCAGACACGAUGGCUUGUGAAUACCUUUCCCUGGAGGUUCUUGAGCGAUGGAUUGUGAUUGGCUUCUUGCUCUGCCACAGCUGCCUGGGUUCUACACAGAACUGCCUGGAUCUGUGGCGGGCAGCUCUCCGUGGCUCACUCUACAUCAGCCUAGUUCGAGAUGAAGUGCUCCCUAUUCACAAGGUUACGGAAGAGGCCUUCGGUGGCCUCAAAGGUUAUGGAAAACGCAUAGCUGAUGCCAAAGAGUGUAAAGAACAUGCAGUGACGCACAGUGGGCAGCUACAUCGAGGUCGACGUAAUUACCUGAGGAAUGCUGUGAAGGAGAUGGAGGCCAUCUUAGCCAAUGAACCUGGGCUGUUAGGACCAAAGGCUAUUUAUGUUUUCAUGGCCCUAUCCUUCUGCCGUGAUGAGGUCACCUGGAUGUGCCGACAUAGUGAACAUGUCAGCAAGGGCAAGAACCCAGAGGAAUUCACUGACAGCUGCCUGGCUGAGUUGCUGUUUCUGAUGGAGAAGCUCCGUAACCUGCUCCGGGGACAUCAAGCCAUUCUCCAGCGCUACCACGUGCAGUACUUGUCCCAUUUUGAUGUCCGGGUGCUCAGUGACGUCAUCCAGGACCUGACGGUGUGCCCUGAAGAGGAGUCUGUGAUUAUGUCAUCCUUUGUGAGCUCGCUCUCAUCCCUCACAAUCAAGCAAGUGGAAGCGAAGGAGAAAUUCAAUUUCACUGGGUUGCGGUUGGAUUGGUUCAGAUUGCAGGCCUACACCAGCGUCGCAAAGUCUCCGUUGCAGUUGCGGGAGAAUCAUGACAUUGCCAAGGUGAUGAGCCUUGUUGUCUUCCACACCAAAAUGCUGGACUCUAUGGAGGAGAUGACUGUGGAAACCUCUGACCUCUCUGUAUUCUGUUUCUACGUGCGCCACUUGGAGAAGCUCUUUGCAUUAACCAUGGAGGAGCCAUCCAUGUUGCGCUAUACCAUUGGCUUCCCACUCUUGUGUGCUAGCUUCAGCCAUGCUGUACAUCCUUUGUGCCCUGAGGAGUAUCCUCAUCUGCGAAGCUGCGCCUUGGGCCUUUGCAACAACUUCCUAGAAGAGAUGGCCAAACAGGCGUGUACGUGCAUCCUGGAUAUCUGUGCCGAACAGUGUAACCUGAGUGAGCCGCUCUUGCCCAAGCACUGCGCUGCCACCAUCAGCAAAGCCCGGAAUAAGAGAACUCAGAAAGCAUCCUCCAAGAAGGCGGAGGCAGAGCGGGACAAACCUGGGGCUGAGAGCCUCCGAAAAGACCGCAGCCUGACUACCAACCUGGACAAGCUGCACCUGAUGCUGACUGAGCUGUGCUGGAGCUUCAACGAAGUCUCCCACUUGGUCAUUUUUGAGCACACCGUGACUCCAGCAGAAUAUCUCAGUAGCCAGUUGGAGACAUGCCUCAGCAGGUCAUUGGUGAGGCUGGCAAAGCCAAACCCAAAUUCAUCAGAGUUAGCACGCCCCUCAGAGGUACUGUCGGGUGUGCAGGCUUAUACCACAUUUCUGAUGUCACUGACCCAUCGUGUGGGGCUGGAUACAGGGCGCCUCCUUCGCAGUGUGCUUCUGCAGCAGACUCAGUCCCUGGAUGCAGCGGGCGAACAGACCCUCACCACCCUGUACACCAACUGGUAUCUGGAGUCCCUUCUGCGCCAAGCAAGCAUGGGCUCCAUUGUCCUUUCACCAGCAAUGCAAGCCUUUGUCAGCAUUCCCAAAGAAGGGGAGCAGAUCUUCAGUGCUGAAGAGUUUUCUGAUGUCUCGGAGAUGCGAGCGCUGGCUCAGCUCCUUGGUCCCUAUGGAAUGAAGUUCCUCAGUGAUAACCUCAUGUGGCACAUCACCUCCCAGAUGGUGGAACUCAAGAAACUGGUGACUGAAAAUAUGGAUGUUCUUGUCCAGAUCCGAUCGAACUUCUAUCAGCCAGAGCAGAUGGCAGCACUAAUGCCUCGCUUAACAGCUGUAGAAAAUGUCCUCAAAAGGAUGACCAUCAUUGGGGAGAUCCUGUGGUUCCGGUCCCUGGCCCAGGAGGGCCUUCGAGAGGUCUUUGCCAGUCACUGCCCUUUCCUGAUGGGCCCCAUUGAGUGUCUGAAGGAAUUUGUCAACUCAGACAUGGAUAUCAAGGUGACCUUGAGCAUCUUUGAACUUGCCACAGCUGCUGGGCUCCCCUGUGACAUUGACCCUGCCCUGGUGACGGCCCUUUCCAACCUGACGAAAGACAGUUCUUCCCCAGAGGAGGACUACAAGGCUGCCUGCCUGCUGCUGGUCUUUGUAGCGGUGUCUCUGCCAGUCCUGGCCAACGACCCUUCCUCCGUUUACGCAACGGAUGUAGACGGGUACAGCAAUAACAUCCACUGCCUAGCCAAAGCCAUCAUCCAGGUGUCCGCUGCCCUCUUCACGAUCUACAAUAAGAACAUUGAGACUCACCUCAAGGAAUUCCUGGUGCUGGCCUCCAUUAGCCUCCUGCAUAUGGGGCAAGAACCUGAUCGGAUGAAAACCAAGAACAGGGAAUCCCUCUCACUGCUCAUAAACUUGCUUGUGGAGGAGUCGUCCUUCUUGACCAUUGACAUGCUGGAGACCUGCUUCCCUUACGUGCUGCUGCGCAAUGCUUAUCGUGAGGUCUCCAGGACUGCUGCCUUGAGUCGGCUUCCUGCCCAUUGACCUCCCUUCCCUCAGCCAGAAUGGAAAGGGGCUUGGGCAGAUAACUGUAGAAAGACUCUCUUACAGAGAUUGGAAAGGCAGUGAGUAUGUGGAUCAAGCAUCUUUCUUGUGACCUUUAGCUUAAUUAACUGUCUUAACGGCAAUAAUAGCCAAUUCUGUGAUUGUUUAGUCAACAUACAAACAAACCAAGAUGAUCUGGACUUGGUGUGUGUAAUUGUUUGUUUAGAAAGCUCGUACUGCAGUGGUUCCCAGCCCCGUCCUAAAUUACACAAGAUUAUCAAAAUGACACCCAGGACCUCGAAGGGUGCUUAUCAUUAGCAGAGUACAGGUUAUUAGGGGCUACCCUUUCAGGCUUCCACAUAUUUCUUUUUAAAAGGAAUACCUUGAGAUCCCAUUCAGCCCAGGGCUUGCUUAAUUCUCUAGCUGUCACUCCACCCAGAAAUUAAACCUAAGUAUGCCUAGAGCAGUGGUUUCCAACCUUGGAUUCUCCAUAUGUUCUUGGAAUAAAACGCCCAGAAGUCUUUACCACUAGCUGACCUGGACAGGAUUUUUGGGCGUUGUAGUCUAAGAAUAUCUGGGUUACUUAGGGGUGGGAUUCACUUGCAUAGAGAUGAUACUCAUACACAUGCUUCCCUAUUUUCUGUUUUUUCUGUCUUCCUCCAUCAAAACCUACAUAGCAGACACUUUCCUUGUAAGAACUUCAUUUCAUUUAUUUGACUCUGCAAACAAAGUACACAAGUUGUAGGUCAACUUAUGAAUGUCUAGGUGUUGUUAGACAUCUCUAGCAAGCUCAGAUAGUAAUUGAGCAUGAUCAGAGCCCCUUCCCAAAACACCUUUAGAGCCACAAGUUGCCCACCCUGUAUAUAAAUGGUAACAAUAAUAAUCAUCACUCCUGGCAAUUAAAUGCCCCUUACGUUUCCUGAAUCAUACAUAUAGCAAAAACGUAAAAAAAAAUUAUCUGAAAAAUCCUGGGAAAUAUUAACUGCAAGAAAGCAAUGAUAUCUUGUAUAGAUACAGAGGAUUUUUUUCACUUUGCUACUUUAUUGUAUGUGUAGCUGUUUUUCACAGAGCCCUAUUGAAUGGUUAUAGGUCAGAUGUGGUUAAACCAAGGAAGAACAGGGUAGGUAGAAGUAUGAUGGAUAGAGGAAUCUCAUGGGUCUGUGGACUAACAUCUGCCUGAAAGCCUACCUUCAAUAGGGAUGAUAUGUUUGUGCUGUAGACCUGUAAAUCGAAAAAGCGUUCUAUAUAAUUUUCAAAAUGCAAUUACGUUUUUUCUUUCCCAUACAUUGUUCAAAUAAAAAUACUCUCCCAGUU